AUGCGUUUCUCCACCGUCGCUUUCCUUCUUGCUUCUACGGCUCUUCUUGUCUCGGUUCGUGGUCCUAAUCAGAACAUGAUUCCACAUUUAGACGGCGAGUGACAAAAAACAUCGCUUUAAGUGUUUGCCUUAGCGGCGAUCUGUUUGCCGAGCAACUUUUUCAACCACGACCACUUUUUCUCUGUCUGCGAUCAUGAAGACUAAACUAAACGUUUCCAGGGAAGCGCCAUCCGUGAGAAACGCCAAUGUGGUUGUGCUCAGCAGCAGUCGACCUGUUCCUGCUCUCAGCAGGUCUACACCAUGACCACUGCUGCUCCACAAAGAUCGUGCUCCUGCCAGUCCGCCCCAGUCCAGCAGACGCCGUCGUGCGGAUGUGCUCAGCCACAGACCCUCCAGAUCCAGGUCCCAGUCACUCAGUGUGCUCCAGCUUGCCAGCAGUCCUGCCAACAGAGCUGUCAGGCCGCUCCGUCUGUCCCUCAGUGCCAGCAGACCUGCCAGCAGUCCUGCAUGCCCAGCUGCGCUCCAGCCACGACCCCUGCUCCUCAGAUCAUCCAGCUUCAACUCGACAUCAGCGCUGAGGCUUCCUGCCAGCCAGCCUGCCAGCAGCAAUGCCAGCAGAGCUGCCAAGCCGCGCCAUCCGUCCCCCAGUGCCAACAGAGCUGCCAGGCUGCCUGCGUCCCAAGCUGUGCUCCGACCACUACCCCAGCUCCUCAAGUGAUCCAGGUCCAGCUCGACAUCAGCGCCCAGGCGACCUGCCAGCCAGCCUGCCAACAACAGUGCCAACAGCAGUGUGUCCAGCAACAGCAGCCAGUAGCCCAGUGCAACAGCCAGUGCAACAACCAGUGCCAGAGCAUGUGCGCUCCAGCGACGACCCCAGCUCCAUCCUGCCAGCCAGCCUGUCAGCCAGCUUGCCAGCCUCAGUGCACCCAGCAGCAGCCACAGGAGAUCCAGAUCGUGCUCCAGACGAGCGUCGCUCAGUCUCCCCAAUGCGAGCCUCAGUGCCAGCAGCAGUGCCAACAGCAGUGUGUCCAGCAGCAGCAGCCAGCUUCUCAGUGUGCUCCGGCCUGCGCCAGCAGCUGCUCCAACUCCUGCUCCAGCUACCAGCCCGCUCAGGUCGCCUGCCAGCCGACCCCGUCCAACUCCUGCGGAUGCCAGCAGAACUACUCGCCCUGUGGAAACGGACAGUGCUGCCGUCGCAAGUAAACGACGAGGCACAGCCGAUAACCAUGAAAUUUCUGUACAUUUCGAAUCCGAUAACCUUAUAUUAUGACAUAAACGGUUUCGUUCUUUUUUUGUUUAUUUCUGCUCAAAAUCAUUAGGAAGAAAUUUCAUACAGUUGAGUUAAAGCUUUCAAGUUCCAUUUCAAAAAGAAAGUACAAAUUAAAAUGGGGUGCCUAAAUAACAAUGUCAGAGUCUGAAAAAUCGAAUUCAUCGCUUUCAAAAUUAAAAAAAAAGUGUAAACUCUGAACUUUUCUAGCAUUCCAAGCAACACCUAUUAUACUAAAAUUAUCUUAAUAAAAGUACUGUUUUCUGUCUCAAAAGAGCUAGCGACCGCUAAAAAAAGUGUUUUUUUCGUGUGGUUUUUGGUCUAUGCUGCACUACUGAAUACAUAAGACUCCACCAAAAAAAGAGAAAAUUGAGGGGGAUCACACACCGAACCUUCAUCUUACAACUUAUACGUGUAGUUACAAAAUCACGAUGUUUUUUUUUUUUUGAUGACAUCUCGUGCGAGAAAAGUAUCGCGAGUUUCAUAUUAUGGGUUUAUAACUUUUUUUCAAGUCGUGUGAGACUUUAUUAAUUUUUUAAGUCGGUUCAUAACUUCGAAAUCGAGUCGAGGCAAAAAAGUUUGGAACUCUUUCAUGGGUAGAUUCAAAAGACCUCAAAAACACAUAACUGGAAAAUUCCAUUCUCAACCGGCCUCUAAAAAUGAUUUUGCUGUCAGUUUGCAGGAAUUGCAAGCCAGAUAUUUUUUAUUUCAAUUUAUGACCAUCAUUUUCCUAUUCUGAAAUUCCUGUAUAGCGUCAAAGCUCAUGGAGCACUUUUUCUCUAUAUUUAAUUGAAGCCAGCGUUUUCAAGAUCAAAAAUCACUAAAAAAAAAACGGACUGGACCUUAUGGUUUUAUGAGAAAGAUAAUAUUACUUUCCUAUUGAAAACUUCCUGAAAAUUACUCUUAACACUGCUUGAUGUUGAUAAUGAAAGUCUGUACCUGCACAACUCGCUAGUUUGUGGAAAACUUCGAAGUCAAAAAAAAAGCGUGAAACUUCAGAAACGUCCUAUUCUCAUACACUCCUUUUUCAAAAAUUUGAACAAUUGUUGGGUUAAGGCUUUCAGAAUCUAUAUUCAGUGUUAUUUUCAGAUGUCUCCACAUGGAAAUUCGAAAUCACGGCUUUUCAACCCGUGUCAAAUUGUGCGAAGGAGAUAUGAAGGUGUAA